AUGCCCAAAUUUCCUGUCAGCGACAGCCCCAGACAGAUCCUGGCUCUGAUGGCAGAAGCAGGGCAGAAAGUGAAAGAGUAUUUGACAAAUACAAUCUCACACCUUCAAGCGGCAGAAAAUAAAUUUUAUGCUGCAAGCUGCAGACAAGAUGGUGAUUCUCAGAACCAGACUGGUGAAAAUCUUUGUGGAGAAACAGAUGUGCGUUGUUCGAAAGGAGAAGCAACAGACUCUGUGCAAGCAUCUUCCAGUUCCAGACAGCAAUUCCAAAGAAAGCCCUUUCUGAACAAGACAGAAAGUCAAAAUGUCAAUCAAACCCACACAGGUGAAAUUAAAACUGUGGGGACAAUUGUAUCCUUAGCUGAAAACAAAUCUGCUCAAGAACAAGACACCAGCAGAGAGUCUCCAAUGAAAAAGGAAGAUGGUGAACACCAACUAGUGAUUGUCUCUUUUACAGAGAAAAAAGAGUGCAGUGGAAAACUUCAUGGAGGUAGCUCUGUUGCUGAAAAGCCUCCAGACCUGGCUUUUCAGGAUGCUCUCACAAGCAAUGAGGAAGACAUUCUGUCUGGGACAUUGAAGGACAUUUAUGACAGAAGCACCACGAAUUCUUUUCAACAGAAGAAAAAGGAAGUAGUCAGGGACAAUUUAAAAGGGCUAGAAAGUGAAGACCAUAGAAAUUACCUAAGUACCUUCACAUCUUCAGCACAAACUUAUGAUCUUCCAGAUGUGAAUCCUUCUGUGAGUGAUUCAGAAGAAGUACAAAAAUCUAGAUAUUGGAUGAACAAAGAGUAAGCACAUACUCUUCCUUUUAUAAGGAACACAUUGGGAAAAAAACCCUAGGAAAUAGUUUGUUUUAUUAAAGCCCCUGCAAUUGUUCUGGAGAAUCUGAAGUGUAAUACACUCAAUGACACUAGUUCCUUGGUGGUGGAUGAUUCUGAGGAGCUGGUCAGCAAUGUCAUCAGUAUGGAAUGUUAUGAUUAUGAAAAACCAAUUUUCCCUAUUAACAUUGCAAUCCCAUUUACAUCAUGCUUCAGAGGAAAUUAUCAGGAGAUUAUGGUGAAGGUGACUGAUACCAACUUGCAGUCAAACUACUUAACUCCUAUUUCUUUACAAGGAUCCUAAGGAAACCAUAAGGAAAGCUUUGCAGAAGUAAAAAUUUAUCAUCUGGGUGUUUUUUCUUUGUUGUCAUGCUUAAAGAAGGAAACAUUUACUGUUCCAAAGGUAGGACUCUUACAAAAGCUGAACGUGGAUUCUCAAAUCUCUUUCUGUUACCAUUCAGAAACAUUCAAUUCUCUGGCACCUAGGCAGUUAAAGAUUCAGCCAAUUGAGCCAUCAAUUUCAGCACUGAAAGCAAGACAUUAUAUGUAUCACUCAGUGAUAUCUAUGAGUGCACUGGUUCAUGUCCAGCAUCCUUCAUCCCAACCUUUUAACAGCUCAGUCACUACUACUCUACCCUGUUCUCCCAUCCCAGACAAAUAAAGGCAAGGAGUUGAGACAGAAGAUGCAAGAGCCCUUAGUACUACAGUAAAGAGGGUUGCUGCAGCAUACCAUCCUCAGGCUGUGAGCACUUCUGUGAGAAAAAGUGUGGACAAUCUCAGUGAUAAUUUGAAAUUAUUAGGUCGUAGAAAUGAAGAGGGGUAGGUGUUUGAUGAUGUUAUUAUCCAGAAUGCACAGAACGGGCUUGUAUCUUUUGAACAAAAUGAGCAUUUAGAAAGCUUUGUGGUCAUUUGCCUUGCAUUCCUUUUGGAAAACAGGUAUCUUCUCCUCUUUGCUCAGGCUCUGGAAGAAGCUCUCCGUAGCACCACGGCUAAUGUGAUGCUGUAUCAGAAAAGAGAAAACCCCUAUAAAAUAGUAGUUUUGCUGUCUGCAUCCAGAGAAUUAACCAAUGAACUUCAAAAUCUCUAUGAGGAAGGUUAUAUUGGUCCUCCAGAACCUACACAGCACUUCCCAUUAAGACAAGGAGAGCAGAUUCAUGUUAGAUUUGGAGGAAAUAUUUCUGCUUCAGAAAGGAAUGUGGAGCUUAAUGGGAAACUGCUCCAACUGGAAUGGAGAAGCUUCAGGAAAGUCUACAGACUGAUUUUUCAUUCACAAAGACAACCAAGGCUGGAGCUCCAAAUUAGAGAAGGGGAUGAAUUUGGUAACCACAGUUCACCUCAUUACAAAGGAACAGCAGUGUUUUAUAAAAUUACCAGAGAGAUGAUACCAAAGAAAUGGGAACAAACCUUACCAUAUGAUGAAUAUCAACACCAGUCUCCACUGUGCAAAUUAGCAUUAACAUUGCCAAAGCGUGAAAAAUUGAUCCACUGUCCACAAAGAACAAAAAGAUUUUUUUCUGAUUCAUCAGAGGCCCUAUGGGACAAGUUGCUGUUCUGGCUUGCACAAGAGCUUGCAGAAGACAAUAUAUCAUUGUUUGCUUUAUGUUUACCUUUUCGACGGAGCAUGUUUCAGCUUGUUAGGCUGAAGGGCCCUGAUAAUUUAACACACCAGAUGUAUGAGCUGCUUUUCUGCUGCAAAAAGACCCUUCCAAAGUCAGCUGAUAAACAGCAGAUCUUGUCUCAGUAUUUGCAGAAGAGUGGCAGAAGUGAUCUUUCAGAAGAACUUCAUUUAAAGUGGCAAAAUAAGGUGUUCACCUGA